CUAUAAAAAAGGAAACGGGACACUUGCAUUUUUGUUACGCGGAAAGUAUCAGAUUUCACAACAUUUUCCUCUUGUCUUUGUAAAACAGGAAUUUUUCUUUUUCGUCGUUCGCUUAAAAAGCGCCACCUCUCUCAAAAAAUCUUAUUUAAUGGUCUAAACGUCUUACUCGCUUGUCAAUUAGAGUGGGCGCAUUAGAUAGUUGAUUUCGCAGACCACCGCGGCCUCUUUGGGACAAAGCCGAGCACCAGCGCCGAAGAGAAGGGAGAAGGCGCGCGUCGAGAACCUUCAAGUUGAGAGUCUCUAUCAACAUGGAGAACAGGACGCACCUUUUUCUUGCACUUCUCAGCAUAGUUAUUCUCGUUGACAUGUCAAAUUGCAUAAAAGUGUCAUUCAACUCGCAACCGACGGAUGAUGGCAUCAACGACACGGCGGCCCCUACCGAAGCGCCUAACCGCCCCCGAAGGUUAAUUGCACCGUCCAACUACCAGUACUUCCUUUUCAACGGCAUUCAUCGGUAUCCACAAGUGCCUCUGCUUCCGCAGGAGCAGGGACCGCCAAGGUUGCCUCUGUUGCUAUCGCUGGCACCAGUAGUGCCAACGCCACCCCCACCUCCCGCACCUCCCAAGGCCAAGAAGGUGAAAAGUAACAAGGGAGCACCUGGUCGGCCGGGGGUGGACUACCCCACCUACAGAACCAUCCCUCCGACGGCGUUCGACUGCCGAACGCAGAGGUACAAAGGUUUCUUUGCAGACCCUGAGACCCAAUGUCAGGUCUGGCACUACUGUGACCUGAACGGCGGUCAAGCGUCCUUCUUGUGUCCGAACGGGACGAUCUUCAACCAAGUCCUGCUGACGUGCGACUGGUGGUUCAACGUCAAGUGCAACUCGUCCCUGCAGGCCUACGUGCUCAACGAACGCCUCUACAAAUUCAUCACUCCGCACAAGCCGUCCUUCCCUGAGGACUUCAGCGGUCCGCAGGUUGACGAGUACCUGGUCGAAAAGCAAGAGGAACUCAGGGCUAAGGAACAGGCCAAGUUUGAGCGGCUCAAGAAAAAACACAAGCACAAUGAAUUCGAGGACGUUGACGAGCUGCAGGCAUUGCUCGACAAAAUGAGGGGAAUCAUCAAACAGUAGAAUUUAAUUAGAUUUCCAAACUGGACUUUUUAAUUGCCCCUGAUUGUGAUUAGAAAGCGGACGAAAAAUGAAAGAGCGCGUGGUUUCUAUUUUUUCCAAAGAUAUAAAAUUCAUCCUUCAUUACUUUUACCCACUUUUUUGCUCAUUUCAUGAAAAUUUAAACUUUGGCCAAAUAUGAAUAAUUAUAAAUUUAAUCAACACCAAUACAUUGCAUUCAUAGAACAACUGAUAGAAGUAGAUUUUAGUUUAUGUUCACUGUCAUAAAAUUUUUCAUAAAUUUAUCGACAGUUUUAGCAUUAUUUUAAGAAACAAUUAAUUUUAUACUUUAAAUAAUACAUAAUUUUUUUACUUAACCCUAGGUUAUUUUAAAUUAAGUAAUCAUAGAAGCGAGAUGUCAUGUAUUCAUAAAUUUAAAAAUAAUCUCUUGCAUUUGGAAUCUAGUCAGAUGGGAUGAAUUGUGCGAAGAUGAUAUGCUUCCUUUCAACCCGUAAUAAUACCACCAUGAAACGGUACUUCACACCGAAAGUCAGUGCACCAAGACAUUACAUUGUACCACCUGGUUUCAAAUAUCAAAUGAGGCCAUUUUGUCAGAAAAUACUUGUUAAAAUUGUAACAAUACAAUUUUACCAAUUUUAAAAUAAAUGAUAUGAGAAUGAA